AUGGACAACCAGCGUUUUUCUAACUACCAAGCCGAUGAGCCUCCAGGCAGCCAGCGACGACAGACAGACAGACAGACAGACACCAACAACGGCAGCUUCUUAUCAACAGCGAAACAACAAGAGUCCCACUAUCGCAUCAAGAUUCUCUUACUCACCGUCGACAUGGCCCCCCGCCGAAAAGCCGCCGAGUCGCGCAAAAGCAACCAGGCAACCCUCCAGUUCGGCACGCAGUCGAAGAUAUCAAAGCCCUUCUCCAAUGCCUCGAUACCCGGCAAGGACUUGAAGCAGAAGUCUCCCUCGCCCAAGGAGAUCUCCCUACCCACCCACAGCCUGCCAAAGAAGCAGGACGAGGAGCAACAACAGCUGCAAGAACCUACCGCCGAAGUCACGACCACUCCCGCGUCCACGACUUCAACAGCCGUCGUACACGAGCAGGCCAGAGCCGAGGCAGCGUUGCCAAAGUCGAAGGAAGAUGAGCAGGCAGAGGCAUUGACGCUGAAGCAGCUGCAUGCGUACUGGCGGGCGGAGGAAAGAAAGCGAACUGCCUCGAGAGCAAACAAGCAGCAGAAACAAGCUGACCGAAAUAUCAUCUGUCAGCCAUGCAUUGGAAUUGCACGGAUAAAACGCUGGAGACGAGCUCAUGCUCUCGGCCUGAAUCCGCCUAUUGAAGUCCUUGCUGUCUUGCUAAAGGAAGAGACGCGGGAGAAAGCGAGCGAGAAGGCAUACAUAGACGAGUUGCUAUCGUGA